CCGGCGCGUCCCGUUGCCGGGCGCGGCGGUGCCGCCAUGGCCGGAGCGGGGCCGGCGCUGCCGGUGGGUUCGGACAGCGCCGGGAGCCGCACCUUCCUCCCGGACCGGCCUCUCCUGCCCCGCCAGAGCAGCCGGGACACCGUGGGGUGUCCCUCAGCAACCUGGGGUGUCCCUCGGCACCGCGGGUUGUCCCUCGGCUGCCUGGAGUUUGUGUCUCUCCUUAAGGGUUUUGAGGUUCCCCGCCCCGUGAAAGCAUCUGUGCCACGUGUGAGGAUACAUCAUUCCUUAAGUGGAGAAUCUCAGUCCUGAAGUUUAUUGUCGCUGCUUUAUGAGGUUUGUUUUAAAAUUGAGUUUUACCAGCCUUUCUGCAAUCAGUGAAUUUAAAUUUAGGAAGACCUUCAGAAGCUUACAAUGGAAAAAACUAACUUGAAAGGAAAUGCAGAAGCGAGUGAUAUUUCUGACCUCAGAAAAGCAACUGAAAGGGCUGAACUUGGGCUGAGAAAACAUGCUGAAAAUUAUUUCAAUGUUACAAAUGGCCAAGAGUUAACUCUUUAUUCAGCUGGUAAUAAAGAAGUGAAUUCCAAAGAGCCUCCUAAGUGGGAUCUUCCUUUUGGUGCCUGUCAGGAGCAGCUGGUUCUGCCACCAGUUGAGCCCCUGACUCUGCAGAGGUGCAGCAGACCAGCCCCACGUGUGUGCCAGGGCUCCCAGCAGCAGGUGGAAAUGGAUUUUAAAAUCAUGCUUGACCCAGAGAACGUGGAUAAUAAAGCUGGUUUAGAACAUCCCAACGAUGAGACCAGGCUGCCACUUAUAGCUAAGAAAAAAUCUGCUCCUGUGUGCAGUCAGAAGACAGGGAAGGGUCCCACAGCCACCAACCCUUGGGCUUUGCCUGCCUUUCACUCCCUGGGCUCUCCCUUACCCCUGGCAGAAGAGGACACCCCAAAAGGUGGCCAAAGGUUCAUCCUUCCUGCAGCACAGAGAGCUCUGCCAGCCCCUCCUGCUGUGCCCAGAGCAGCACCUUUCCCUGAAUUCCCCAGGCAGCACAAGAAAUCAGCUGUAGGAGAGAUCAGUAGCAGGAUGGACCCUGAGAACACAGACACCACCACCUUCCCAAAGCCAAAGGAAGCCAUUUAUGGCACAUAUUCCUCUAGUAAAGGGAGCAUUGCACCACUCCCAGCCAGUAAUUCUGUGGUUUCAACAAGGAAAUCAAAGGCAGAGUGGAGGUAUCCAGCUCAGCAGUUGGAGUCUGAGGUGCACAUUCCCCCUCAGACACAGCCCCCACAAACAGCUCAGCCCUGCCAGGAUCCCUGCUUGGACUGCGACAAUGCUGUUCCCCAGAAAGCUCCAGGUGUUCUGGCACUCCAACACCCCCAUCAUUCCCCUUGGGGCACCAUUGAGGGCUUUUUGGAACCCACGGAAAACCUCCUCAAAGACCACUCUGCCCCCUUGGCCACCACCAACAGCCAAAAGCUGGCACCAACGGCCAAAGAGCACCCCACCAAAAGCGGCAUUUUGUCAGUGAUGAAGAAUCACUCGGCUGUGGCAAAGAUCCCGAACGGAGCGGGCUGGGAGGGCAGCGCAGGAGCUGCUGCAGGGAUCCAGAGCACGGUGCCAGGCUGGGGGUGGCAGCAGCAGCGGGCAGCAGGUGUGAUCAGCGCUGCCUGGCGCUCCUGGAGUCACCUGGCACGGCUGAGGAGCGCCCUGGGGGCAGCACGCCGCAGCCACCUGGAGAAUUUCCACAGCAGGGCCGAGCAUCUGGCAGCCAACUGGAAUCGCAUCAGGACCUCCAGGAGGACUAUUAUCCAUAUCCCAUCAUUAGGAUAUUCCCAGCGUAUUCGUGAGCACAUCCCUGACCUUGCUCUCCAGCAGAACCUGCAGAUGGGGAGGCUCUGUGACAUCCUGGAUGCCAACGUGGACGUCAUCUACAUCUGCCCCCUUGCUCUGAGUGAGGAGUUACUGCAGUAUUACAAUAAACUCCUGGGUCUGCAGGCAGCUGUUAGAUCUGGGAACCCUGAGGACAUGACUGACCUGCAGGACAGGUUCAAAAUUCUCACCCCUGAAGCUAUAAACAGCUUCCCUGAGCAUCACUUGUGCCUGGCCACUGUGCUCAAGUACAGCCCCAGGACCCUGCAGAGGCUCCAGGCUCUGCUCCAGGGCAGGGAUGCCUACGUGGUUGGGGGUGUUCCUCACCUGGAUGAUUUGGCAGUGGCUGACCAGCUCCAGGUGCCACUUUUGGGCCCAGAGCCAGCAGUGGCUCAGCUCUACAGCACCAAGUCUGGCAGCAAGAGAAUCUUUGCCAGUGCUGGGGUGCCAACCCCUCCUGGAGAGCAGGACAUCCACAGCAGGGAGCAGCUGCUCCGUGCUCUCAGCCAGCUCAUCCUGGACAAUCUGGAGGUGCAGCGCUGGCUCUUCAAGGUGGAUGAUGAGCGUGGAGGAGAUGGCACUGCCUUCUGUGAUGUCCUUUCCCACCUGGAAUGCCACCCCUGGAUCCAGAGGGCACGACAGGGACACGGCCCCGAGGGCUGGAGCGAGAGCCAGGCUCGUGAGCUAGCUUUGGUGAAGAUCUCCCAGGAGCUGCCGGGCCUUUUAGCACAGCACGUACAGCCAGUCAAUGAGAAACGAUUCCCUACAUGGGAAAAAUUCCUCCAAACAUUUCUUACUCAAGGGGGGGUGAUCGAAGCCUUCCCGGCCUCGGGCAGCGUCACCAACGUGACGGUGGAUCUGCUGAUAGAGCCAACAGGGGAGGUGACACUGCUGUCAUCUGGAGAUCAGCUCCACGCUGAGGGGCCCCUCAGAUCUUCUGGCACCACCAUCCCACAGCGUUCCGUGGAUCCUGAGGUUCUCAAAGCUCUCUCCUUGAAAAUUGGGGAGGCCUGUAAAUCCAAAGGAGUGCUCGGCUACUUCUCCGUGGACUUUGUGGCUUUCACCCAUCCCCAAACGGGGGAGCAGCAGGUGUGGGCAACAGACCUUGACCUUUGCUACAGUGACCAGCUGGCCCUGAGUCAGCUCCUGGUGUACCUGACAGAUGGAAAUCUGGAUUGUGGCUCCAGCAUCCUGCAAGCACCUCUGGGAGCAAAGGAAAGCAAAAGCCAACGGGUUCAGCAGCACCAGAGGACAAAACCUCCUGCCCCCAGCAGCCCCUGGUGUGCCGUGGCCAGCAGCCACCUGAGACAUUCCAGCCUCUCAGGGAUCUCCUACAACCUCCUCCUCCACAUCUGCAAAGCUCGUGGGAUUGGAUUUGACCUCCAGGAAAAACAGGGAACAGUUUUUGUGCUGUAUGAAGACCAGAAGCGACACAACCUGGGAAUGAUAACAAUCGGAGAGGAUCUCCAGGGGGUCCUCCUGACCUUUGCUCGCAAUCUCUUCAUCAUCCAUCAAGAAAUAUCAGCACCUAAUAUGCAAGGCGAGACCAAUUUUAAGAUGGCAAUUCGAGAUAUUGAAGCAAUUCUAGGAGCUGCAGCAGGAAACAAACUGAGAUUGGAAGAAGAGCAACCUUGGGAAGCAGAUGCUCUGAAAGAAUAGUUAACAGAAAAUGUUCAAGUGCCUCAUUCCUUAUGCUUCUGGAAAUGCUUCCUCAUCUGUAAGAACAGGUUUGGUUUUCCUUCUGAGCUGGUGUGUGAAAUGCCAUUAACUGAGACAGAAAAUCUCUGUGCUUCCCUCCUGUGGCACUGGGAACAUCCCACCUUUCUUGCUGGAAAGCACAGGAUCAUCCUAACGCUCCUCAUGUCCCUGUUGUCAUUCCUGAAGUUCACACGUGGGUUAAAAAUCUUAUUAACGGGGUGGUGCUGCCUUUGUCACUGACUCAGAGCACAGAAAACAGCCCAAAUUCCCCUUCCAACAGGCUGAAAUAGCACUGAGAGGAGAGGAGCCCAGGGUUGGACCUGCCUGAGAGUCCAGAGGCCACCAGGAUGAGCAGGGGGAUGGAGCAGCUCUGCUGGGAGGAAAGGGGUUGGACUCGAUCUUGAGGGUCUCUUCCAACCUGUGCAAGGUUGGGAUUGUUCUCCUGGACAGGAGAAGCUUUGGGGGAGCUCAGUGUGGCUCUGAAGGGGCUGCAGGAAAGAUGGACAGAGACAGCUCAGCACCUGGGCUGCCAGGACAAGGGGCAAUGGCUUCAAACUGGAGGAGAUUGGGGUUAGUUGAGAAAUUGGGAAGGAAUUCAUCCCUGUGAGGGUGGGCAGCCCUGGCACAGGUGCCCAGAGCAGCUGGAGCUGCCCCUGGAUCCCUGGCAGUGCCCAAGGCCAGGCUGGACAGGGCUGGGAGCAGCUGGGAUGGUGGAAGGUGUCCCUGCCAUGGCAGGGGAGUUGGAUCUGGAUGAUUUUUAAGGUCCCUUCCAACCCAAACUAUCCCAUGGUUCUUUUGCCUAUAAAUGCUUUAAUUUAAACCCCACUUGAUCAGUAAUCCCAGCAACCCACAUGCCUCUGCAGAACCAUCUCUGUUCUUAUGCUGCUUCUUCCAUUAUCUAAAGACUCUUGCAGCAUUUCUUUUGUGGUAAUUUUCAAAUUAUCAAGAAGAACAGUACUAGCACUAAUUCAUCAAUAGAAUUCUCCUUGCACUGUGAUUCCCAGAAUUCCACGACUUCUGCAGGUCUGUCCAUCUGUAUUUUGGACACUGGUGACCCUUUUGGUCACAAUGGCUGUUGUUAAAAGAAUAACAUUAUAUUUGUAAUAUUAAUAUCCCAACAGACAACACAUUCCACAUUUUACUAAGGAAGAGCUGAUCUCAAUGCAUGGAGGCUGUUAUCCCUGUUAUCCUAGGAGUGGCAAGUAUCCUUGGGAUUACUUCCCAAAAAGCUCAGGCAAAAAAACAGUUUUAACACAAAUACUAAACAAGACCAGGCAGUUGCACAAGAUCAGCACCCAGUUUUUCUGAUAGCAAACCUUUGAUCCCUCAGCAUGAGACAUUAUUUUCUGUGGAGUUUUUUCCCCUUUUACUUUGGUCACAGAAUUAAUUCAUUUCAGAUUAAAACAUUUGCAUAAAUGCUGGUUACUUCUUCAAAUAAAAUCCACAGGAGUGUUUUUAA